GUGCCUACGAUUAGAUAGAACGAAAUCGGGCCAUCGCCGUCGAACUAUGGAUCGAUCACCAGGCUUUUCGCGAACUGUGCCGGCCUGGUCGCAAGCAUGCGUUGUCUCUUCGAUUGUUUAUCUCUGUGGUUGCCAAUUUGGUGGAAUAGGCGACGAGGGGAAAAAAAGAGCGGACACGGAUUGUGCUGCUUGUCGUUGCGGCACUUGAAUUUGAAGAGAUCAGAUGUUGAUGCGUAGCGGAGAGGGUUCAGGGCUGGUCAUGAGUAGCGGGACAUUGGUAUGAUGAGGCGUGAAGAGAUGGGAACGUUCCGUAGUUCUGACACUCUGUUGCGUUGCGGCUACGUCUUUCGUUGAUGAUGCGAUUGAGAGAUUGAAAAUUGUGUGCGGUGUUUGUUGUGUCCGUGUAGUCUUGGUUGGUUAGUCUGUGAAGGCGGGCUGGGAGGGAGGAAGAAUGGAUGCGGACGAGAUAUGUGUAGUGCUUGCAAGGGCGUCAGAGCUUCAUGCCAAGUUCAAUGAAGCCAUUGAACGUGCGUUGACGUCGGAUGUUGUACAGAGCACUGGCGAUGAACGCUUUGAUGCUGAUUUUCACUCCGUCCUCGAUGGGGACGAGAUCAAUGGCUUUGAAAGGCUUGACAGAGACUUCAGCAAAGGUGUAGAAGGAAAUGCAGAAGCGAGGACCUUAGGUUUGAUUUGCGAUACGUUGGAUACACUCGAAGGACAGCUUGAAGCUUUGCAGUGCAUGCAGAACCAUCAGCGAGCCGAAAAAGAUGCAGCACUCGCAGAACUUGAAGAGAGUCGCCAUUUACUUCUAUUGAAGUUGAAGAAUCAUCGUGGGCGUGAAUGGCAAGUUGUCCAGGAAGCUUUGGCGUUCGCGGGAGAGCCAGUGGAAGAAAGAGAAGACCUGCUUCUUCCCCCUUACUCCAGGCCAGUUGUGGACGACGUCUCUACAGUGAACGACCAAUCAUCUAAACUUCUCCGUCGAACUAUCUCACUGCCAAGAGGUCGAGCUGUUAAAAAGCUCGUUCUUUCUGAGAGAGACGAAGAAGUAGACAAUGACGUGCACAGAAAUAAGGGAACUUCUGAAGCAGUAGGCGAUAAACAGGAUUAUCAAGAACGAUCCAUCCCGAAGCAUAAAGUGGAUGGCGGAGGGAGCAUCGCUUUUGCAGGAGGAUUCAUGAGGGGUUUCGGUGGGAGAGUUGGACAUGUACUUGCCCAUGCUGCGAAGGCGGUCUUCGUGGUAGCCAGUGUUGUCGCAUUCCUGGCAUUUACCGAGCACAACCAUAGACGCCCAGUGCCUUCAGCAACAACUCCUGUCUUAGUUUCUGAGAGCCGCCCCAGGCCUCCUUCGCCUCUGAAAUGUUCCCCCGGCAAGAAGCGGAUAGUUUUGGAUGAUGGAAGUGAGAAAUGUGUGGUGAAAGAGCGAUUUGAAGUACCCUUUUGUAGGGAAGUCGAGGCUCCUUAUGUUCUGUAUGGACGAGGUUGAUUUACUCCUAGAUGUUACUUAGAGUUAAGUUUUGAAUUCAGGUUGUAGAACCAAAUAGGAUUGUAAAUAUAGCAUAUUUUUAUUUUUAUCUUAUUUCAAUUUUUAACACUCAUAUUUUCAUGGAGGAA